AUGGUUUUUAACAAAUUUGUCAGGUCCAAUACCGAUGGUGGUGACCCGACAAAGGAGCGGUCUCGCCUGCAAAAGCCCCAAUACGGUGAGCUGGAGAAAGAAGGCGCGGCGUUGCAGAAAUGCUUCACGUAUUCUCCAGGAGAAUCCUAUGACAUCAAGGCCAGAGUAAUCCAAUUCUCUGGUCACCCUCCAUGGUCACCCCAGGAUUUUGUGAAAACAGGGUGGACCAUCGAGCGGAUCGGCUGGAAAGGUGAUCCACCUGUUAGCGGCCGACCCCAGGGUUGGAAUCCAGUAAUGGCCCCAUUGACAGCCCUUCCUUGGUCAAUUCUGCCAGUUGCAAAGCAACUUGGUCUUUCAACAAAGCCGAUCUACAAGACCGUGUCACUGUUCAAGUUAGUCAAGGAUAAUGCGGAGAGCGACUAUAGCGAUUAUAUCAUCCAAGUCGGUCCCGGUCUGAUCGUGUCCCAGCUCAGCUCGCGCUUCUUGGGUCCACACUGGUCCGAUGUUGCACUUGCAGUCUAUAAACAAUAUGAGACUGCCCCAUUGAAGUAUGUAUUCCGCGUGGAUAUUACGAACGAGGUUGUCGAACGUCUGAUCAGCGAGGAUAUUUAUUCGGUAAAGACUGGUCUUGAGUGGCCCGACUCUAUUCGGCAAGAGUGGAAAAUCGGGACAUCCGAGUAUAAGGCGCUUUUGGGGACUCCCCUCGGUCGUGGAGUAGUUGCGUUAGUUCUCAGGGGCUAUGAUCGUGGCACGAAGCUUAUUUCAAGCAUUUCCACCUUCUCAGACGAGCACAAGGUUUCUAUGCAUAUGCUCUUCGUCAUCUCUGACCAUAGUAAGUCAUUGUUCGACGAGUGA